CAUUUUUGAUCAGGGUUUCAUGAUUACUGCUCGGGAACAAAGGUAUUAUCUUGUAUUUUAGCAAGAUUCGAUGCAAUUGCUGCUUCUUUGUUUCCCCCAAUUUAAACCCCACAUCCCCAUGAAGCACUUCUCUAGGAGAAAAAGCCAGAUUGCUUCAUUUUGAGAAACAAUUGCUUUUUACGGUUUGAAUAACUGUCAAGGAUAACUAAUGGCUACGAAAUUUAAGAAUUGCAUCACACUAUGUUGCACCAGAAAACCCUCGGUUGUGGAAGAUAUGGCAACUAAUGGUUACACAUGCGACGACGCCAUUGAAGGACUGAAGAAGCUUCUAAGUCAGAAUAGUGACCUUGAAUCGGUCGCGGCCGCAAAGAUCAAACAACUUACGGCAGAGUUGGAGGCAACAGAAACCAAUGAAUUUAACCCGGUGGAGAGGAUCCAGAACGGGUUCGCUCGCUUUAAGAAAGAGAAAUACGAAACAAACCCCACUUUGUAUAGUGAGCUUGCCAAAAGCCAAAGCCCCAAGUUCUUGGUGUUUGCUUGUUCGGAUUCACGAGUUUGUCCAUCACACAUCCUGGAUUUCCAACCAGGCGAAGCCUUUGUGGUUAGAAACAUCGCUAACAUGGUUCCUCCUUAUGAUACGGUGAAACACUCAGGAGUGGGGGCAGCGGUUGAAUAUGCAGUACUGCAUCUAAAGGUGGAGCAUAUUGUAGUCAUCGGACACAGCUGUUGUGGUGGGAUUAAAGGACUCAUGUCAUUCCCUGACGAGGGACCCACUUCCACCCACUUCAUAGAGCAAUGGGUCAAAAUCUGUUUGCCUGCAAAGAGCAAGGUGAAAACAGAUUGCAGUGAUGACAUGGAUUUUACAGAUCAAUGUACCAAUUGUGAGAAGGAGGCUGUGAAUGUAUCAUUGGGGAACCUUUUGACAUAUCCUUUUGUAAGAGAAGCUGUGGUGAACAAACAAGUUUCAAUCAAGGGAGCACACUAUGAUUUUGUGAAGGGAGCUUUUGACCUGUGGAAUCUUGAUUUUGCCAUUUCACCUUCUCUCUUUCAAUGACUUUCAUUUCCACCACCACAUAACAAAACCCUACUCCUACAUGUUUUCAAUAACUUAUAUUUGCAUAAAGCAUUCACAGUCUUGCUUUGCAUCAAAUUUGUAAAGUUUUUGUUAUAUCUGUCUUGAGUUCAAUUGUAUCUGUCUUUUUUUCCAUUUGAAUAACGGUGUUUUAUACGUAAUACCUCGUUUUUAUCUGAUUAAUGUUAUCGUCAUACAUGUAUUUUUGUUACCGCAAGCUUAUACAGUGUUUAUUUGCUUU